UGUAUGUAUGUAUGCAUGUAUGCACGUAUACGUAGCAACCAGAUAGGAUGAUACAUAUAAAAACACGUACACGUUAUAUUUUUUUAACAAGAUGUUGCUCGUGAUAAUUUCAUUCCUUUGGUUUCCGGUUGAUAAAUACUCUCGUUACGCGGAUACUCGCCUGUCGCGAUAAAUCACGGCAACAUUUCGAAAUGAGGCUCAUUGAGAAAAAUAUCGCAUCGCGUCUCGACGAAAUUGAAAAAUCGCUAGACGCCUAAUCUGUCACGGGUAGGUACAGCCCUGGAAAUUGUGGCGGCGAAGCCGCCAAGAGGCGCGCGCAGUCCACAAAAUAUCCAAGCGUUUCCCCGCGGCCGACAUCUUCGCGCGGCCAACAGCUGUUCCGAAAGGCGAGCGAACUCCCCAUCGUAAUCUGGGUCAUGGAAACUGCGCAAAAUGGGUUGCACUUGCACCGAAAUCGCGCAUUUCUUCGAAAACCGGCCUAUCGUCUCGAGAAUUUCGUCUAAUCCAAUAGACUGAACGAACACGCGAUACGUUGCUAUCCACACAAUAAAAUGCCAUUCGAAAUAUGCAAGCUCCCACGACCAGCCGUUGCAUAUCUGUCAACGUGCUUGACUGGUUCCCGACGAGAGAGCCGUGCGUCGAUUGGCCGACGAUUUUCGGGCAUCGACCUACGCGCGAGCCUCGAAAAGUGCUAACGAUACUCCUUCAAUAUACGCCGUGUAUACGUGGAAAAAUCACGUUCUACCGUUCUGCCUUUUAUUACAAAUCCAGCCUCGUCGAUGAUCUCUUUCUCGGAUCGUUCGAUAUUGUUUCCAACGCGUCAGAAAGUGUCUAUUUAGAAUUAUUUUGAAAGUAUCUUCCACGCAAUGUCUUUAUCUAUCGACUUAAUGCAUCUCCUAAUGGUACAUAUGUAUCAAUGAAGAUGAUGUAAAACUGGAAAAAAACAUUUGGGAUAUUAAGAGUUUAAUAUGUAAUAAAACUAAGUAGAAGACAUUUAAACAAUGUUUAAGAAAGUAAUUGUGGGUAUAUCUGGUGGAGUUGAUAGUGCUGUAUCAGCAUUAUUCCUAAAAAAUAAAGGAUUUAAUGUCACUGGUGUAUUCAUGAAAAAUUGGGACAUCAAAGAUGAGACUGGGUUUUGUAAAAUUGAGGAGGAUUACGAAGAUGCACAAUGGGUGUGCAAGAAAUUAGAAAUUCCUCUUGUUGAAGUCAAUUUUGUAAAAGAAUAUUGGCAUAAUAUCUUUUGGUAUGUAUGCGAAUGUUUCUAUUUAACAGAACAAUAUGAGAAUGGAUAUACACCAAAUCCUGAUAUUAUGUGUAACAAGUACAUCAAAUUUGAUUAUUUUUUUAACUUUGCUCGUACCAAGCUUCAGGCAGAUGCUAUUGCAACUGGACACUAUGUGAGAAGUAGUUUUGGUCCUUACCUGGAAUAUUUUAAGCCGGAUACAAAUGUCAGUCUACUUCAAGCUAUAGAUCAAAAGAAAGAUCAAACAUUUUUCUUGUGUCAAACACCUCAACAAGCAUUAAGAUAUUCCAUGUUUCCUCUUGGAGGAUAUUUGAAAGAGGAUGUUAAACGAAUUGCUCAAGAAGCUGGAUUAGAUAAAGUUGUUUCAAAAAAGGAAAGCACAGGAAUAUGUUUUGUGGGAAAACGAAAUUUUCAAAAUUUUAUAUCUGAGUACAUACUCGACAAACCUGGAGACUUUGUCAACUUGGAUGAUGGUCAAGUAUUGGGAAAACAUAGGGGCUUUCAUCAUUGGACUGUCGGACAAAACAUAAGAGUUGAAGGUUUACCAGCUCCAUAUUAUGUGUAUAAGAAAGAUGUUGACACAAAUAAUAUUAUUGUAGUAAAAGGAACACAUCAUCCUGCACUAUAUUCAGAUUUUAUAAUAACAAAAAAUCCAAACUGGAUAUCAUCAGAGCCAGAAUUUAACAGCUUCACUAGAAUAUUAAAUUGCAAUUUUCGCUUUCAACAUAGAGAUCCCUUGGUGCCUUGUACAGUUCACAAAAAUUUAACGAAUCAAUUGAUAAUUCAUCUUAGUCAACAAUUAAGAGCACUUACAGAAGGACAGUUUGCCGUCUUAUACAAUGGAGAAGAGUGUCUAGGUAGCGCCAUAAUCUCAUUUCGUGGACCAUCGUACUACAGUCUAAAACAAGAAGUAAAAAUGGAUCAUCAACAAAACGAUGAGAUACGAAAACAAGUCGCGAGUAUAUAAUAUUAUAUAUAGUGUAAUUUAAUAGAAAAA